AUGGCCAUGGAUGUAAUGUGCGUUCUUCCACAGGAACUCGUCGAUCACAUCAUCGACAGCAUUGGAGAUGAUCAAGAGACUCUCCAAGCGUGUGCAGUCGUUCGCCAAUCGUGGACCUCAGCCAGCCAGCGCUCAUUAUUUCGACAUGUCAGGCUCACUAACCGGAACCUGCUAGUACUAUUCCAGCAGGUCAUCUCAUCCUCACUACGUCUUGCCAAUUUCACGAAGCACCUCGAGGUAGUCGACACGGCGACACGGCGAUCUCAGCAAUGGAUCAUAUCUUCUUCCAACCAGCUAUCUGUCUUGUUACCCCUACUCUCCAAUUUAAACAGCAUCAUAUUCGACUUCAACACUAUGCCUUGGCGAGAGGUGGCCCGAAUGGAAGAUGUUUUGCGCCAGGCAUUCCGCAUGCCAAAUCUCGUACACGCCACAUUGGACGGUAUACGGGAAACAUUUACUUCCGUUUGGGCUCUCACACUAUUUGAAGGGUCGCUCGUCAAGGCCAUUAGCCUUCGGAAUAUUUAUGUCAGCCGUGAAUCACCAAAUCGGAGUCCAGAUUCGCCUAAGAUUCGCUUACCAUCCGUCGAGUCCCUUUCGUUGGUAUGCCUAGGGAGUCUACACGUACUAGACUCUCUUCGGGAGAUCACUUUUUCGGCUCUUCGGGAGUUAUCUGUGCUUGUAGAAUCUUGGGACGAAGUUUUAGCCGUGUCUAAGAUAGCAGGAAACCUCUCUCUUGAUACCCUAGCGCUGCAUUGGGACACUCAGAGUUUUCGAGCCGACGGCGACCUCACGCCUACCCUGAAUCCCAUACAACUCGGACGUCUUCCCCAUAUACAUUUCCAACCCUUCCCACUAUCCUCCAAAUCGUAUGGCAUGUACGCCCCAUUGGAGGUACCACUCUGGUGGGCGACAUACUUCCGCCAAGUCUCAGACAGCUUCCUUCGGACCAUUACAGUGACUUUUCAUAAAAAGUCUGGGGUUUCCGAGCACGAUCAUGAUCAGUGCCUUCUGGAAAUGUCCAGCUGGAAUCAGCUUGACGCAGCUCUUUCGCCGACUCUUCGUCUCCGGGACGUUAUUCUCAGUGAUGAGUAUUUACAGUCUGAUGGUUGCGAAGACGAAGGCAUCCGAGGUAGGGUGAGGCAGGCAUUUCCACUGCUCUAUGAACGUGGUAUCUUGCGAUUCUGA